AACGGCUUCGCUUUAUUCCAGUAAUCCCAGGCCAGGCCUGGAAUAGUUGGGAAUGGCACAGAACGGGGGCAGGACUGUGAAGAUGUCGACCUGCUAAAGUAAUUACCACGUUGUUUACGAAGCUGGAUUAGUGGAUACAUAAUUGAAACAGCACUGAAAAGCAUAUCUUGCUACAUCAGAGGGCACUCUGUAUAUCUUGCCUUUCGGGAUGUCCAGCCUGUUGUCACUGUAGUGGAGAGAACCACCACCUUAGGAUCUGCAGGCAGCACCUCAGCCAGUGUAUAACCAUGCCUCGCUUAAGUGUCCGUCGCACAUUAAAGCCUCUCCGCAGAUCUGUCUGGAUCAUCUGUGUUCUCCUGGGCCUCUCCACUGUGCACACUCAUGCCAAAGAUGUGCUUACUGUACCGCAGCAGCUGAGCUUGUCACCCAACAUGUAUACACAGCAACUCUCAAUAUCCUGGCUGGGAGGAGCAGCCACAACCUUUGACCUCAUAAUUUUAAGAACUGAGCUCAAUGAAACUGUCUUCUAUGAGACUGUGUCCGUGACAGUGAAUCAGGUGAGUGGUCAGCACCAGUGGAACUGGACCUCUGUUGAACCUCUGGAGUGCACCUCUCUGUCGAUCAAAGUCCGCUCUAGAGAUGGACAGACUACAAGUGAAUGGAGCAACACUGAGAUACUUCAAGGAAACGAUCUCCCCAGCAAUGACAAAUUCCAGAUGUACCCCCAGGACAGAAUUGUACCUGUGGGGGCCAACACCACCUUCUGUUGCAUUGUGGGAGAGGGGAAGCCCUUUAACCGCAUCAGAUAUGGCACAACGAUCAUGAACACGACACGACUGAGUAGGCGAAGCUACGCCACCACAGUGGUUAACCAGAAGCUAUCUGGCAGGACGGGAACCAAUGUAGUUUGUGGUGGCGACCUGGUGUCAGAACUGACUGGAGCAGUGGUGUUUGUUGGAUAUCCACCACUGCCUACUGAUUUUGUGUGUGAGACUCAUGACUUAAACACAGCUGUAUGCUACUGGAGUGAAGGACGAGACACAAACUUGUAUGGCAAACGAGGAACACGCUACUCGGUGAACAACAGCCCACAGCAGAAGCAGAGAGAGUGUAGAGUACCUCGAUGGGAGGGUAACUGGACACUGGUAGCUGUGAAUUCUCUUGGCCAGUACAGCCUCACUGACUCUGCUGAACUCAUGCACAGAGUGCGCCCAGUAGCACCAGCAGAUCUGAACGUUGUCGCCCAUGCCUGGAAUGCCACUGUGCUGUGGCAGUGGAAAUACCACAGCUAUUCCUCCCUGGCCCUUGUCUGCCGAGUAAAGCUUACCUCCCAUGGUUCCAACACAAAUUAUACCUACUCCAGUGUGGGUCUGCAGUCAGCGGUUCUUUCGGAUCUGUAUCCUGAUGAGGUAUAUAGUGUACAAGUCCGUUGCAGUGCCCAGCAGCAUUUCUGGAAGUGGGGAAACUGGAGCGAAAAGAUUUCCUUCCACACCGGUACCGAUGUUCCAGAUGCUCCUGAUGUAUGGCUGUGGAUGAACAGGGACAACACUGGGCAGAUUAUUUGGAAGCCUCUGACACAAAAGCAGAGCCAUGGCCAGAUCACAGGUUAUGAAGUUACCCUCUGGAACGUUGGAGAAAAAAUAAAUUUCACAGAAAUCCUUCAGAUGGAUACUUCUGUAACAAUCAACCUCACACAGAUCGCUACCAUUGGCAGUGAUGACAAGGUCAUAGCAACCGUUAUUGCAAAGAACGCUGACGGGGAGUCUCAACCUGCAAGUGUAGUUAUACCUCUGCGUUUGGCAGAUGUGGAACCUCUUGCUGUGUCCAGGGCAAUUUAUACAGACAGAGGUUUCACUCUGUUCUGGCAGAGCGAUGCCAAUGCCACCUGUGGUUAUGUGGUAGAAUGGCACGAUGCGUCCUGCACGCGGGACUGCCCUCUGGAGUGGACAAAGGUGGCUGCUGGAAACACUAAUGUCUCUGUUGAGUCAGCAACCUUCCAACCGGGUGUGAGGUACAACUUUUCCUUGUACAGCUGCUCCUCAGAGGCCCCAGAGCUGCUGCAGCGCUGGCAGGGAUAUAUGCAGGAACUGGUCCCUUCCAGUUCUGUCCCUCUGUCGACCACUCAGCAGCGCUCUAAUAUUCUCCUUACCUGGGGAGAGAUCCCCAUGAUCAGCAGACGAGGGUUCCUCCUGGGCUACAACAUUUACAUCAGUAAUGGCUCCCAGCUCACACUUCUAGCUAAUCUGUCAGGAAGCAGGAGCUACACAGUAAAGGGUCUGUCUGAGGGCUCUUAUAAAUUUACUGUUAAGGCCUACACCUCAGCAGGCGAAGACACAGGCGCCACUGCCUCCAUAACGCUGGAGCCAUACACUGAUUGGCUGAUCCUGGAAAUCUUGGCUUCUUUGGGAGUCACAACCGUAUUCUUGGCCAUUGUCACUUUCAUUGGCUACAAGAAAAGGGAAUGGGUGAAAACAGCAUUCUAUCCAGACAUACCGGAGCCCAAGCUGCCUGGUGAUUGGUCCAGGACACAGGGGCUGCUGGAUGUGAAGCCAUCUCCCCACAGUAUGGUCCAUAUUGUAGAGAAGCCUGAGUGGGAUUCUAGUAAAGAAGUGCUCGUUGUCAUUCCCGAAGAAGACGAGGAUGAAGAAGGCCAGGGCAUGGGAGAUGAGCCAGCUGACACAGAUGAGCCGACAUCAUUACGCUACUACAACCAAGUGGUAGAUGAGAGGCCCAUAAGACCACGUUUUCCAGAUUCCUCUGCUUCUUCUACAUCCUCCUUGGAUUCAGCACGCACUGAUGUGACGUACACAGGGAUCCAGACCUCAGGGUCUUCUUUGGUCUUCCAGUUGGAUCCACAGAGCUCUUGUGAGGGCCAACAACCGCAGACUCUUUUGUCUGUCAGCUCUGGAGCAGGAGGAGGGGGUUACAGGCCCCAAAUGCAGCCUAGAGUCCCAAGUGAUGACAUGGGCCUAGCUUCACCUGAGCCUUUCCUCGAGCCUCAGGCUGCCACUGCUGGAGGCUACAAACCUCAGAACUCCUGGCAUUUGGACUCCCCUGUGGAGGCAGGGGAAAGUGGUGGCCAGGCACCAUCUCUUGGAUCCCCCAUCUCUGUUGCUUCUACUCAGUUUCUCCUCCCUGAUGGAGAGGAGCAAGCAGAGGAGAAACGACAGCUAUCAUCAGCAGCAGCAACCUGGUUUACCAACUUGCUUUCAUCCACAAAACCAUGAUAUCACCUCUCUCUUUCACUAGAAGCAGCCAGGCCAGGGGGCUAACAUAAAACUUUAAUAAGAGUCUUUGCUGUUAUCAGUCAUACAUAAACAAGUCUAGGUGUCAUAUGGUGUUGGUAAAUACCCCCUCUUCUGUAGCACUACAUUCUUACAUGCAUUGUUGCACAGCUGUUUAUUCCAAACAUAUUGAAAUACAUAUAGAGUCAAUUUCAGCUUUGUGGUGCAGUGGUUAGCGCUGUCGCCUCACAGCAAGGUUACAGUUUUGAGCCCGGGCCGACCUGGGACCUUUCAGUGUGCAAUUUGCAUGUUCUCCCUGUGCCUAUGUGGGUUCUCUCCGGGAAUUCCGGCUUCCUCCCACAGUCCAAAGACAUG